AUGGGUCCAUCAAAUGUUGGUGGAGAUGGAGGUGGAUGUGUCAUCCUUACUCCCGAAGGUUCAAGGAUUGAGAAAGCGACUAGAUUAGGCUUUCGAGCAUCAAACAAUGAAGUUGAAUACGAAGCAGUAAUUAUCGGUUUAAAAUCUGUCAAACAGUUAGAUGCGAAGAACGUGAAGCUGAUAACUGAUUUUAUGCUAUCACCACGGUUGGAAUACAGGCACGCAGAUGCUUUAAAUUAUUUAUCUUCCGCAGUCGAUACUGAUACCACCUGUUUCGUUGUAAUGGAUUUCCAAGAGUUACCUAGCAUCUCCGACAGCCACUUUGUUCUGGCUCUCGAACACGCUAGUGGGGGCGAGAGGGUAACUACAUUAGCACAAGGAGAUAUCAAAAACAUUGACAACAGUAUGGAUGUUGAUAGUCCAGUGAUAGAUGAUUCAGGAAAUCCUGUUGAAAACGCUUCAGACUGGCGUCAACCUUAUAUUCGGUAUUUGACAACCAGUGAACUCCCAGAAGAUGAGCAUCUCGCUUCAAAAGUGAAAAAGAAUGCAUGGAGAUAUUUAAUUAUCGAGGGACAGCUAUACCGCAAACCUGUAGCUUUGGAGCCAUUUUUGCGAUGCAUAUCAGCCGAAGAAGGUCAACAAAUAUUGGCGGAGGCUCAUGAAGAAACAUGUGGCAACCAUUCUGGAGGGCGCAGUAUCGCGCACAAGAUACUUACCCAGGGGUACUUCUGGCCAUACAUGCAGAAAGAUGCUAAAGAAUACGCGCAGAAAUAUGUGCCAUGCCAAGAGCACGCUCGAAUUCCUAAAAGGCCCGCCAACAAAUUGCAUCCAGUUUUAAGUCCCUGGUCGUUCGCUAAGUGGGGACUAGACGUCGUCGGACCACUCCCCCGAGCUCCUGGAGGAGUGAAAUAUGUAUUGGCCGCUACUGAUUAUUUUACCAAAUGGGUCGAGGCAGUAGCAUUGGUACAUGUUACCAGAAUCGAAGGGAAAGUGGACAGAGGAGUUCCCUGUAGUCUUAUGGUCUUACCGGAUGAUCCAAAAAGAUCCACUGGAUUCUCUCCAUUCACAUUGGCUUAUGGAACAGAGGCAGUCAUACCCACUGAGGUACACCUGAAGACUACCAAGACCCGUGUUGUCGAAUCUGGAAACAAUGAAACCGUAUUGGAUUCAGAUAAAGAGCUGCUGGAAGAGCAAAGAGAAACAACCUUGCAGCAGUUGGUUCGAUAUCAGCAGGCAAUCAAGCUGAGUUACGACCGAAAGGUCAAAGAACGAGCAUUUAAGCCAGGGGAGUAUGUGUUGAAGAAAACUCGAGCAGCCACAAUGGAGCCAAACUGCGGAAAUCUCGGAGCAAAUUGGGAAGGUCCAUACAUAGUAGACAGGCCCGUAUCUCGUGGAUCCUACUACCUAAGGAACCUCGAUGCUGCUGCGGAAGGUUCGAAUCCGAAGUCAUUCCCAAAUGGCAAAGCAGCGCAAUUCGAGCCUGUUGUCAACAACAUCUCCAACACAUUGCAGGAUUGGCCCCCUGCGCAACUUCAAGAUAACAGAAAAUACAAAUUCUCAUUCCUUGCGCAAGCAAAAUGUAGUAAGGAAGUGCACCCUUGCGUGAGCAUUGAGCUGCAUGACACGGUUACAUAA